AUGUUCAAAGCAGCAAUACUUCUUUCCCAACAAUACAAUAUCACAAUUGAUGGAAAAUAUAUUGGAUGGAAAGUAGUACAAACUGCUGGUAAUAUAAUGGGUGGUCUUAGUAGCACUUGUCGAGAAAUCCCUAAUUCAAAUAUUGUUGGUAUUGUGGGUCCUGCAUAUUCACGUGAAGCAGAGGUUAUUGCUGCAUUUGGUGAAAGUAUCAAUAUUCCUGUGAUAUCUUAUUCUGCUACUAAUCCUGAUUUAUCGGAUCGAAGUACGUAUCCUACUUUUUAUCGUACCGUUUCAUCCGACAGUGCAGCUGCAUUAGCAAUGGUAGAACUAUUUACUCGAUAUAAUUGGACAUCAUGCAUAAUUAUUUACCAAAAUGAUGCUUUUGGAUCUGGUGGUGCGAAAAUAAUUAAUGAAGCUUUUAAUGAUAAUAGUUUAGCAGUGAGCCAAAUGAUUAUUUUCGAUAUUAUUUCACUAAGUAUUCGGGGUGAUUUACAGACUAUUUUACUUACUAGUGCAUCACGAAUUGUUAUAAUAUGGGCUAUUGUAGAUUAUACAAAUCUAAUAUUACAAAAUGCACUUGAAGCUGAUGUACUUGGUCCACGAUUUACAUGGAUAUUAAGCAGCAGUAUUGUAUUUUCUUCUUUUAAUGUGACGUCACAGGAAAAAUUAAUUGGAAUAUUGACUGUUGAACCCGUAACAGGAAGUGUGGUGAAUGCGCCUAUAAAUGAUGUAUUAUUAAAUGCAGCCUAUGCUAUCUGGCAACAAUAUGAAUCUGAAUCAUUUCCUGAAAUAGCAAAGGUAGAUUAUUAUGCACUCUUUGCAUUCGAUGCAACUUGGUCAUUUAUCCAAGCAUUACAAAAAUAUUGCUCUACAAUUUCAAAUAAUUCUCCAUCAUGUAUAUCAAUUGCUGAUUCUUCAUUUUGUUUUGAUCGUUAUUUUAUUAAUGGAAAUGAAUUUAUUAAUGCCCUAAGUGCAACUGUAUUUCUCGGUGUAUCUGGUCUUGUACAAUUUUCUGUUAAUGUUACAGAUCGAAAAUAUGGAAUUUAUUAUGUAGCAAAAAACGUUCAAUAUGUUACUGAUGGCAUAGAAGCUAUUCCAGUAUUAGUAUGGUCUAAUUCUAAUAGUUGGAAAAAAUAUACAGACACGAGUGUUAUCUUAUGGCCUGGAAAUACAUUAAUCCCUCCGACUGGUUAUCCAUCUAUAUCAAACGUUAAGUUAAAAAUUGGGGUUUUUGAAGUACAUCCAUUUACAAUGACACAAAAUAUUAUCGAUAAUUCUGGACGAAAUUAUACAAAAAGAAUUGGUUUUAUACCGGAUCUUAUUGAUCUUUUAGUCAAUAAGAUGGAAUUUAUUCCACAGAUUACAGUAGUACCAGCAAAUUCCACUUAUAAUAGUUUAGUUGAUGCAGUAGCUAAUGGUGUUUUUGAUAUAGUUGUAGCAGAUUUGACAGUUACAUCAGCACGAAGUGAAAGAGUCAGUUUUUCGAGUUCAACAUUUGAUAAUUCAUUACGUGUUAUUACUCGAAAAAGACUUGCAGAAAGUACAAAUUUGAUGGCAUUUUUAAAACCAUUAUCAGUGAAAGUAUGGAUGGUUCUCUUAGCAGCUACUAUUUGCACCGGUUUUUUAAUCUGUUUAUAUAAACGACAAGACAAUGAAGCGUUACAAAAUAGAUCAAUUAUUGGUUCAAUUGCCAUGAGCAUUUGGUACUGUUUUGGUAAUGUGGUUGGAUAUGGUGUAGAUUUUGACGUAAGAACGGCUGCUGGACGUUUAAUAACGGCUAGUUUAUAUAUGUUAAGUUUGGUCAUAAUAGCAACAUAUACGGCAAACUUAGCAUCUAAUUUAACGGCUUUAAAAACAAAAGAUAUUGUUUCAGGAAUUGAUGAUAUUAAAAAUGGAAAGGUAUCAUAUAGUCGUGUUGGUAUUGUUAUUAAUUCAUCGAUUGAAGAUUAUUAUUUACGAGAAAUCUCGGGAGGAAUUAGAAAUUUUUAUCCAUUAAUGAAGGAAAAGGAUAUAUAUACUAGUUUGUUAAAUAAUAUCAUAGAUGUAGCUGUUAUGGAUGGCGGGGUUUUAGAAUAUGCAACGUCGACUAUUUAUUGUAAUUUAACUAUAGUUGGUACAGGUUUUGAUCAAAGUAUAUUUGGUAUUGCUAUGCCUAAACAAUGGUUAUACGAAGAAGCUUUGGAUUUUAAUAUAUUAUCAUUAAGAGAAUCAGGUGAACUUGAUAAUUUAAGAAAAAAGUGGUUUCAAGGUAGUGCUUGUUCAGAUUCACCUGAUGUAUCUACUAGUAUGGGUAUUGAAUCAACGAGUGGUUUAUUUAUCAUAUUUAUAAUUCUUUUGAUUCUCUCAUUAUUAUUAUAUAUAUGGGAAAAACGGCAUUACAGAAAAAUUAUCUUCGUACGUUAG